CUUCCUCCCCGCCCCCGCCCCGUUCGGAUCCAUCAAUCAUCCACCGCUCCCACCUAAAAAACUCGCCACCUUCCAUGAAAUCAGCCACCCCCAAGGACAGAAUACUUCCAUGAAAGUAUCGCCCAUCGAGGUAGAGCACCGGAGUCGGACCCACGUACGCACGACGCGUCAACGACGGUCCUGCCCUCACCUUCCCUACCCCACGCCCACGCGCUUCCUUCCGGGAAAAUGCCGGUCUGAGCCGCGGCGUGCUAUAUAGACACGGCGGAGUUGGUGGGGAGGAGAGGAGAGGAGAGAAGGGUUUCAUUGGUCCGUUGACCGGACAGGAGCAGAGACGCCGCCGCCAUGGAGAGCUACCUCAACGAGAACUUCGGGGGCGUCAAGCCCAAGCACUCCUCCGACGAGGCGCUGGGCCGAUGGCGCAAGGUCGUCGGCGUCGUCAAGAACCCCAAGCGCCGCUUCCGCUUCACCGCCAACCUCGGCAAGCGAUCCGAGGCCGCCGCCAUGAAGCGGACCAACCAGGAGAAGCUGCGUGUUGCCGUGCUUGUUUCAAAGGCUGCACUUCAGUUCAUCCAUGGUCUUGCUCCCCAGAGCGAGUACACAGUCCCUGCCGCAGUCAAGGCAGCAGGCUACGGCAUCUGUGCUGAGGAACUGAGCUCUGUUGUCGAGAGCCACGACAUCAAGAAGCUGAAAGCACAUGGCGGCACCGAGGGCCUCCUAUCAAAGGUGUCUACCUCAGAGUCGGAUGGCGUCAGCACAUCCAAGGACAAGCUUGCAUCCCGGCAGGAGAUCUUUGGCAUCAACAAAUUCGCCGAGACGGAGGCCCGCAGCUUCUGGGUCUUUGUCUGGGAGGCGCUCCACGACAUGACACUCAUGAUCCUUGCUGCAUGUGCCUUCUUCUCGCUCGUCGUCGGCAUUGCCACCGAGGGGUGGCCCAAGGGCGCGCAUGAUGGCCUCGGCAUCGUCGCUAGUAUUCUUCUGGUUGUGUUUGUCACUGCGACAAGCGACUACCGGCAAUCCCUGCAGUUCAAGGACCUUGACAAGGAGAAGAAGAAGAUCACGGUGCAGGUCAUCCGGAGUGGGUACCGGCAGAAGCUCUCGAUAUACGAGCUUCUCGUUGGUGACAUUGUGCACCUUUCCAUUGGUGAUCAAGUACCAGCUGACGGUUUGUUCGUAUCAGGAUUCUCGUUGCUGAUUAAUGAAUCAAGCCUGACUGGGGAGAGUGAACCAGUUGCUGUCAAUGCCGAGAACCCAUUCCUUUUGUCAGGAACUAAAGUGCAGGAUGGUUCUUGCAAGAUGCUUGUGACGACAGUCGGCAUGAGGACUCAAUGGGGUAAACUCAUGGCCACCCUCAGUGAAGGCGGGGAUGAUGAGACGCCAUUGCAGGUCAAGCUGAACGGCGUUGCCACCAUCAUUGGCAAAAUAGGCCUCGUCUUUGCUGUUGUCACAUUUGCAGUGCUCACUGAAAGCCUGUUCCGCCGCAAGAUCAUGGAUGGUUCGUACUUGAGUUGGAGUGGAGAUGAUGCACUGGAGCUGCUUGAGUUCUUUGCUAUUGCUGUUACUAUUGUUGUUGUAGCAGUUCCUGAAGGCUUACCGCUCGCCGUGACCUUGAGCCUUGCAUUUGCCAUGAAGAAGAUGAUGAAUGACAAGGCGCUUGUCCGACACCUUGCAGCUUGUGAGACCAUGGGCUCAGCAACCUCCAUUUGCAGUGACAAGACUGGCACACUCACAACAAAUCACAUGACUGUCGUCAAGGCUUGCAUCUGUGGCAAAAUUAAAGAAGUGGAAAAAUCUUCAGACGCCAAGAGCUUAUUCUCCGAGCUACCGGAUUCUGUCAUGACAAUGCUCUCGCAGUCCAUAUUUAACAACACUGGUGGCGAUGUUGUCAUCAACCAGGAUGGCAAACGCGAAAUACUGGGCACACCAACUGAGGCAGCAAUUUUAGAGCUUGGCCUGUCACUCGGUGGAGAUUUCCAGGCAGUGCGAAAAGCAACCACCCUCAUCAAAGUCGAGCCAUUUAACUCAGCAAAGAAGAGAAUGGGAGUGGUCAUCCAGCUGCCAGGGGGUGCAUUCCGUGCUCACUGCAAAGGUGCAUCAGAGAUCAUAUUGGCAUCUUGCAGCAAGUACCUGAAUGAUCAAGGCAAUGCCGUCCCCCUUGACAGUGCAACUGUUGCUCACUUGAAUGCCACGAUUGAGAGCUUUGCAAAUGAGGCACUUCGCACUCUGUGCCUUGCUUACAUUGAAGUUGCAGAUGGGUUCUCAGCUAAUGAUGCGAUUCCUGAAGAGGGGUACACAUGCAUUGGCAUUGUUGGGAUUAAAGAUCCAGUGCGCCCGGGUGUGAAGGAAUCUGUUGCCAUCUGCAGGUCAGCCGGUAUUACUGUCAGGAUGGUCACAGGCGACAACAUUAACACAGCAAAGGCAAUUGCCCGGGAAUGUGGCAUUUUGACUGAAGGUGGUCUUGCCAUUGAAGGCCCAGAUUUUAGAACUAAGAGUGCAGAAGAAAUGUACAAAUUGAUACCAAAGAUACAGGUGAUGGCUAGGUCUUCACCACUUGACAAGCACACCUUAGUGAAGAAUCUCCGGACUACACAUGAAGAAGUUGUUGCCGUGACUGGUGACGGGACAAAUGAUGCACCCGCACUUCAUGAGGCUGAUAUUGGACUUGCGAUGGGCAUUGCUGGAACUGAGGUUGCAAAAGAGAGUGCCGAUGUCAUUAUUCUUGAUGACAACUUCUCCACUAUAGUCACGGUUGCCAAAUGGGGUCGAUCUGUGUACAUCAACAUUCAGAAGUUUGUGCAGUUUCAACUGACAGUCAACGUGGUUGCCCUAGUUGUGAACUUCUCGUCAGCUUGCAUGACAGGGAGUGCUCCCCUUACUGCUGUUCAGUUGCUCUGGGUCAAUAUGAUCAUGGACACACUAGGAGCAUUGGCAUUGGCCACAGAACCUCCAAACGAUGAACUGAUGAAGAGGACCCCUGUUGGAAGGAAAGGAAACUUCAUUAGCAACAUUAUGUGGAGGAACAUCAUGGGACAGGCAAUCUACCAGUUCUUUGUAAUUUGGUAUCUGCAGACCGAAGGAAAGACGUUGUUUGAACUUAAGGGUGAUAAUUCCGAUCUAGUAUUGAACACGCUCAUCUUCAAUUGCUUUGUGUUCUGCCAGGUGUUCAACGAGGUGAGCUCCAGAGAGAUGGAGAGGAUAAAUGUAUUCAGAGGCAUUCUAGACAACAACGUGUUCGUCGCGGUGCUAGGCAGCACGGUCUUAUUCCAGAUCAUCAUAGUACAGUUCCUUGGCGAUUUCGCCAACACCACCCCUCUGUCACUCAGGGAGUGGUUCUCCUGCAUCGUCAUCGGCUUCAUAGGCAUGCCUAUCGCCGCGAUAGUCAAGCUCUUCCCAGUGGGUUCUCAGUAGGAGAUGCCAACUAAUUUGCAGUCAGGAACUGAAGUGAGGUAGUAGGACUACAGGCUGAUGGUGAUGCCAACGCAGUUUGGGCGCUGUCGUGAGCAUAAGAAACUCUUUUUUCUGCUGUUAAUCCGUUUUAUUUAUCUAGGUGAAUUGAAUCUAUGGCCUUUUUUUUCUUUUGCAUUUGAUCUUUAUUAGAGGAUGGACCAAGACUGUGGGCUUGAUUCUUCAAAAGUGUUUAAUAGACCCUUUUAGUUAUUUUUUCAUGCUAUUUUCCUUGGAAUGUUGGAACUUGAAAUUGUAUAUGCAUCAACCUAAACCUAAAGUACUUGGGACAUCUGUUUGAUUCGA